AUGUGGAGGGGGCGAAGUGGUGAAAUGGUGGGUCGGCACGUUAUCGAGGAGGGCGAAAGGGGCGGCUGGACGAUGUGGAGGGAAACGGCGGGGGAGGCGGAGCGAUGUCGAGGAGGGCGAAAGGGGCGGCAGGACGAUGUGGAGGGUAACGGCCGGGGAGGCGGAGUGACGUCGAGGCGGCGAAGUGGUGAAAUGGUGGGUCGGCACGUUAUCGAGGAGGGCGAAAGGGGCGGCAGGACGAUGUGGAGGGUAACGGCCGGGGAGGCGGAG